GGUACCUGUUCGUGCCCCUGAGCUUUCUUUUACGAUACCACGGAUGUUCUUUCUCGCGCAAUGGCAGAUCCGUUAGUUGUCACUUCGGAACAAGCGCCCGUAGAAAUAGACCACAUUUACUUGAACUUGGUGACAAGCGCUCGACCUGUUGAGCGAGUUGCAAGUGACACCAAGUGGGGUCCGUACGUGAUUUACGCCUGUCUUGUGUCCACCUGGAUCAUUUACGUACUCAUGAUGAAGUGGUGUUACAGAAAGAGCAAGGACGACGAAUACAAGGGUGCCAGAAUUUACGCAGAAGAGAACAUGCCCACGGACGAAUACACGUACGCUCUUAUCGUUCAGACAUCACAUAGACGCAACUCGGGGACAACCUCAACGGUGUCCGUGACCAUCAAAGGCGAGCUGGCAACAUCUAAUUUGUGUAUUCUCAAGUUAGGCCGUUCGAAAAACUACCUUCUUGGCACUGCUUGUAGAAAUGGCUUCUGCAUUACCUCAGGAGCUGACCUCGGAACCAUCGAAGAGCUGAUCUUCGAUGCUGUCCCUCAAGGGCAACAUCCUGACUGGAGGCUCAGCCGCGUGGAUUUAUGGGACAUGACGCACAAGAAGCAUUACGUGUUCCUAGAUGACUACUUGAUCCCGUUCAGCAAACUAUGCCGGCACAGCAUCUCCCCUUUGGACAAUCUAAGGGCUCCUCGCGUCCUAAAGAGGCUCCGAAGGGAACGAGUUGUCAGGGCUCUGCGGCUGUAUCACCUUCCGUUCAGCAUCUUCAGGUUCCCAUACGGCAGUCGUUUCACGCGCGAUCAGCGACUCACUGCGGUGCUUUUCCUGGUCCUUUGGAGCAUGUUCGCGGCAAUGCUCCUGCACGGUUACUACCAUGAAGGCAAGGAAUUCGACUUUCUCUACGUCUUCAGUUAUGUGUGCUGCCUCAGCGGUACGCUCUUUGUCUGGACCCUGAUCAUUUCUGCGCUGUUUGAGGUAUUCUACCAGGAUGCUGGUCGCGAUGAAUGGGUAAAGCCAGCUGAGCUCUGUCAAGGCCAUGGUCAUCGGGAGACGUCAAGCAGUGGUGAUACUAGCAGUUCGACAGCCAAAGAACCCGAGCCUAUGCCACCCGCAUAUCAAUACUGCAGGAACAGGGAUAUACAGAUACCGACUGGCCACAGCGCCACUUUUGGAGCCCUGGUUGACGACGUGGUCUUCAAUGCCCACGCGAACGGCUUACGCCUCAGCUACUGUUACCCGUCCUUGGAGUACAGAUUUGUUCCCUGGGCGGUUGUGGGAGCCUGCAGUGCUGUCUUCACUGCAGUGGUCGCCAUCAACGGCUAUCAGUACGGCACCCAGGCCAGCAUCAGCUGGCUGCUAACCUUGUCCUUCUCCGCUUUGCUCACCUGCUUCGUCAUUGAACCAGUCAAGGCUAUUUUCAUUGCCAUUGCCUUCGUACACUAUUAGCACCUCAACGUCGUGUACCUCCAACACCGUGCGUUUUCAUUGUCCACAGCACCGCUUUCAUACUGUUGUCAAUGUAAAAACACGAAAUCUCUGUUCUACUAUAGAUGGGUGGUGGAUGGAAGUGUA